CUCAGUGUCAGAGCUUGUCCCCAUAAAGACAACAGACACAGGUGAUUUGGGAGAACAAUACUUGGAAGAAAUUUUGUUUGGAACUAGUCAAUCUAUGGAUGAAGUGUAUGGGGAUUCAAAAUGUUAUAAAAGAAGGCUUAGAGACACUAAAAGUGAUGCACUCACAGAACACACCCAUAUAGUUUAUGCACCUGUUUAUAUUAAAAAGGAACUGGUUCCGUGUGAAGAUAAUCUCAUAGAAUCCACCAUUUACACACUUGUAGAACAUUCACAUACAGAGUACACACCAGUUUGUAUCAAGGAGGAACCUAUCUCGUGUGAAGAUCAUCUAAUAGACAUCAGUAUUCAUACCCCCACAGAACAUAUAGAUCCGGAGUACAAAUCUGUUCAUGUUAAGGAGGAACUGGUCUCGUGUGAAAAAUAUUAUCUCAAAGACAUUAACAAUUGCACAGGUACAGAACAUAUAAAACCAGAGUACACACCUUUUCAUAUUAAGGAGGAAUCAGUCUCAUAUCAAGAAGAUAAUCUCCCAGGCACCAAUGGUUAUAAACUCACCAGACAUGAACGCCUAGAGGAUACACCAGUUUGUGUUAAAGAGGAACCACUCUCAUGUGAAGAAGAUAAUCUUACAGACACCAAUAUUUACACACUUGCAGAAGAUAGAAAACCAGAGUGCACACCUGUUCAUAUUAAGGAGGAACCCAUCAUAUGUAAAGAAGAAAUUCUCAUAGACACUAAUAUUUAUGCAGUUGCAGAACAUGCAGACAUAGAAUAUAAGGCUUCCUCGGUUAAGGAGGAUUCUGACUCGUGGGAAGAAGUGACUGUUAAUGAUGACACUUAUAGCAACGAAGAACAUGCUCAGACAGAGGAAUGUGUAUCUUCUCAUAUUAAGGAUGACUCCAUCCCAUGUGAAGAAGGAAGUCUUACCAACAUUAAUUCACAGGAUACAGUUUUAAAUGAACUGAAUUGCAGCGAGUGUGGUAAAAAAUGUAUAGGAGAAUCAGAUUAUAUAUCUCACCAAAAGCAGCAUACUGUAGAAAGAAUGCUUAAUUGUUUUGAGUGCCAGAAAUAUUUCACUGUUAAUUCAGAUUCUGAUGAACAGACGACCAAUUCUAAGGAAAAUGAGCUGACCUGUGCAGUAUGUAAGAUUGCAUGCAGUGAUAAAACAAGUCAUAUUAGCCAGUACAAAAUUCACUUGGAGAAGGAACUAACCCCAUGUUCCGAAUGUAGAAAACAUUGUACUGUAAAGUACAAUCUUAUUACUCAUCGUAUGGAAACCGCAGUGUCAUGUCCCCAAUGUGAAAAGUGGUUUUCUAACACUGCCCGUCUUGCUGCGCAUCAGGCAAUGCACACAGAAGAGAAACCCUUCUUAUGUUGUACUUGUGGUAAAUGUUUCCGCACACGUUUUAGCCUCGAUAGACAUUCCUUGAACCAUGUGAGAGCCAAGAGAUUUUUAUGUUUAGUAUGUGGCAAACUGUUUUUGUAUAAAUCAAAGCUUAUUGAACACAAUACAAGUCACACAGGAGAGAAACCAUUCUCAUGUCCUGAUUGUGGGAAAUGUUUUAAGCAGAAAUCAAGUCUUCGUUCACAUCAGCGCACUCACGGAGAAAAACCAUAUACCUGUUCUCAGUGUGAUCAACGUUAUGAUUCUAAAAACAGCCUGAGACAGCACGAGAAGACCCAUCCAGUAGAGAAACCAUCACCAGUUCUGAAUGUUCUACUUGUAAAUCAAGUUUUGCUAAGUCAGGGCAAUGCACAAUCAAAAUAAAUACAUUAAAUAAAAUAGAUUUGCUUAUGUACAAUUAUACUAAGCCAAGAAUCUUGUAUGUCGACAGAUGAUUCCUGUAAGAGAAAAACUUUUCUUGUAUUCUGAAUGCGAAAUGUUUUAGAUUCCAAACAAGUUUUAUUAAUUACGAGGUAAUAUUUAUAUAAAUGAAUACUAGAACACCCACAUCAGUCAAUAACUAUUUUGCUUCUGUAAAAGGAAACAUAUACAUAUAUUCUGUAUAGAUUGAAUAAAUAAAUAUUUAAUUUA